AUGGCUACCAUCGUUCUUUAUUCCAUAAACAGAACGGCGCAAACCACCGUGAGACAAUGUUUUAUUCGUUAUUCAAAGGGAGCUUCCAGAGUGGACUCGCACCUUACUGUCUUCCAUAAAACUUCAGUCCGCAGGUUAACUUCGCUUCCGAGAGUGAGAUGGGUUCCCAAAGCUACUGGAGUGCGCUUCAUGUCCCUCGGGACUGCAGGCAGAACCGCACCCGGGCGAACCAGGACGGGCGCAGUGCUUGUAGCUGGAGCAGCCGCGGCAGUGGCGGGGUUUGUGGCCAGCGCUAGUCACUUUCAGCGAGCUGAAAUGGCAUCAGUGAUCCCCAAAGCCGAGGAGGAGGACACGGAGAUAGCGGAUAAAUGCAAGACAUUCAUGUCUCCACCGUGUACCGACGUUAAAGUUCUCCAGCAGAGGAAAGAGGAGAUGUGCACGAGGAUGGAGAUGCUGAUCAUGGAGACGCAGGCGGAGUUCUGCAGAGCGCUCGAGGAGGUGGACGGCGGCAAGUUCAAAGUGGACCGAUGGGAACGGAAAGAAGGCAAGUAUGCGCCCAUAGAUAGACUAGUCAGUCAACCUCUACCGAAAUCCAGUGUAUAAUCUUACCUAGGCCUAAUUUGACCGAUCUGGCAACUAUCAACCCUGGCACAUUCACAAUGACACAAGCAAAACAUAGACGUGUUCAAUGAAUGUACAAAAGCUAAUCCAAAGGUUAUAAUAAUAAUAAUAUGCAUUUAGUUAUCCACCCUGUCCUUAGUCCAGUUAUGUAUAGUAGCUACCCACCGCCACCCUGUCUUAUUCUGCACGCAUGUCGGUAUUGGUAUGAUAAUAUGACAAAGUGCUUGGGGUUUUGGGCCUUUCUUUAGUGUAAUAACACCAAGUCUGUCUCUGUGCUGCCUUUCUGUUUGUCCAUGCCUGUCUGUUUCUGUCUGUCUGUUUGUCCAUUGGUCGGUCUAUCCGUCUGUCUGUCUUUCAGGUGGCGGGGGCAUCAGCUGUGUGCUGCAGGAUGGGAAGGUGUUUGAGAAGGCGGGGGUCAAUGUGUCCGUGGUGUUUGGGAACCUGACCGAGGAGGCCGCCAAGCAGAUGCGCAGCAGAGGGAAGGUCCUCAAAGGAAAAGAUGGUGAGUAUAGCCCUCAGAGUUCAUAUCAACCUCAUAAAAUACAGCAAACGAUAUAUGUUGUCUUGCAGUACAGUGGGUCACCUCAUGCUAUGUGUCACUCGAGACCGGAGAUAGACAUUCUGAUAAGAUAAUGUGUUAAAGGAAUCAGGAUUGGAUCCUUGAGUUGGACUAUGGUUGAGAUGAAUUGAAUUGUAUUGUAUUGCAUUUUAUUGUACUGUUUUGUCCUCUCCCAGGCAAGCUGCCGUUCUGUGCCAUGGGCGUGAGCUCCGUCAUCCACCCCACGAACCCCCACAUUCCCACAGUGCACUUCAACUACAGAUACUUUGAGAUAGAAGAAGAAGACGGUAAGGCUGUGACCUGUGACCUCAUACCGUUCAAUAGUCAGAGCUGACAUAAUGAAUGAUGACUCUUGUCUUCUCUGUGUGUGUGUGUGUGUGUGUCUGUCUCCCAGGUACUAAACAGUGGUGGUUUGGUGGGGGUACUGACCUGACUCCUACCUAUGUCAAUAAGGAGGAUGGUGCUCACUUUCACAACAGUUUGAAGGAGGCCUGUGACAAACAUCACCCUCAGUACUACCCCGACUUCAAAAAGUGGUACGACACGUAUCUGUGACACAAUGUGAAAAAAUGACUGAGUGGUUUGACUGAGUGGUGGAUUGUGUGUGUGUGUGUGCAUGUGACUACACAGGGUGGGUCUUUACUGUUCAGCAGUGAUAAGAAGACUGUUUGUUCAGUGGUAUCUAGAUAAAUAAUGACAUUGUGUCAAUGAAUGGGAGACUGAGUGAGUGUGGGUACUGUUCAUCUUUGUGUGUUAUGUGUGGGUCCCUAUAGCCUCUUUGCAUUUUACACAUUCAUACAGUUCUGUUAUUUUUUCCCCCAGAUUGACAUUAUCUUGAUCUUCUCUCAACUCACAUACAGUAGUUGUAUUUUUAAAUAACAUUUGGUUGCAUUUUCAUUGAGCGUAAUAACAUUAUUAUAACUUAAUAACUACCUCUCUGUGUCUAGAGUCAUUGAAACCAGUAGCUCCACAUUUCUGCUAUGUUUUAACCCCCUAAGGUCGAUGCCCCGGGUGGAAAUAUAAUUAGCAUAAUACAUACAUCUCCAUCAAAAUCAGUCAGAGAUAUGUUUUUUUGCAUUGGAUGCGUCUCAAUCCACUACAUCCGCCUAUGUCGCACUUCUGCAUCUGCGGUGUAAGGUGACAGAGCUAGAGCGGUGUUUCUCGGAACAUGAGAUAUCCCGAAAAUUGGUGUUCUCACAAAAUGGUCUGUAACUUCCGAACGGUUUAGCCUAGAAACUAUUACGGCGAGACUUUCACAACCUUUGCUCUACGACCUCCACAAGUAUCAGGAGACUCGUCUAAAGUCGUUACAGCCGAUCUGCCGACUUCUGUCUGUAGCGUCUGAACCGUUUGGGCUACACACUAAUAUGACCCAUCUGUGCAAAGGUGAGACUCUCAUGAACAUGUACAUGUUGGUUGUUUAGCUCUAGGACUCACAGGACUCAUCUGAAGGUCCCCCGGUACCAGUAGAACAAAUUAAUGGAAGUACAGUGGCUUGCGAAAGUGUUCACCCCACUUGGCAUUUUUCCUAUUUUGUUGCCUUACAACCUGGAAUUAAAAUUGAUUUUUUGGGGGUGUGUAUCAUUUGAUUUACACAACAUGCCUACCACUUUGAAGAUGCAAAAUAUUUUUUCUUGUGAAACAAACAAGAAAUAAGACAAAAUAACAGAACAUGAGCGUGCAUAACUAUUCACCCCCCCCCAAAGUCAACACUUUGUAGAGCCACCUUUUGAAGCAAUUACAGCUGCAAGUCUCUUGGGGUAUGUCUCUAUAAGCUUGGCACAUCUAGCCACUGGGAUUUUUGCCCAUUAUUCAAGGCAAAACUGCUCCAGCUCCUGGUUCCGCUGGUGUACAGCAGUCUUUUAAGUCAUACCACAGAUUCUCAAUUGGAUUGAGGUCUGGGCUUUGACUAGGCCAUUCCAAGACAUUUCAAUGUUUCCCCUUAAACCACUCGAGUGUUGCUUUAGCAGUAUGCUUAGGGUCAUUGUCCUGCUGGAAGGUGAACCUACGUCCCAGUCUCAAAUCUCUGGAAGACUGAAACAGGUUUCCCUCAAGAAUUUCCCUGUAUUUAGCGCCAUCCAUCAUUCCUUCAAUUCUGACCAGUUUCCCAGUCCCUGCCGAUGGAAAAACAUAAUAAUAUGCCAUUUAGCGACUUACAGUCAUGCGUGCAUACAUUUUUGUGUAUGGGUGGUCCCGGGGAUCGAACCGACUACCUUGGCGUUACAAGCGCCGUGCUCUACCAGCUGAGCUACAGAGGAUGCUGCCACCACCAUGCUUCACUGUGGGGAUGGUGUUCUCGGGGUGAUGAGAGGUGUUGGGUUUGCGCCAGACAUAGCGUUUUCCUUGAUAGCCAAAAAGCUCAAUUUUUAUCUGACCAGAGUAACUUCUUCCAUAUGUUUGGGGAGUCUCCCGUAUGGCUUUUGGCGAACACCAAAACGUGUUUGCUUAUUUUUUUCUUGAAGCAAUGCCUUUUUCUGGCCACUCUUCCGUAACGCCCAGCUCUGUGGAGUGUACGGCUUAAAGUGGUCCUAUAUACAGAUACUCCAAUCUCCGCUGUGGAGCUUUGCAGCUCCUUUAGGGUUAUCUUUGGUUUCUUUGUUGCCUCUGAUUAAUGCCCUCCUUGCCUGGUCCUGUAAUCGAACCCACAAUUGCUGAUGCUCCAGAUAAACAACUAGUCUCGAGAAGGCCAGUUUUAUUGCUUCUUUAAUCAGCACAAUAGUUUUCAGCUGUGCUAACAUAAUUGCAAAAGGGUUUUCUAAUGAUCAAUUAGCCUUUUAAAAUUAUUAACUUGGAUUAGCAAACACGACGUGCCAUUGGAACACAGGACUGAUGGUUGCUGAUAAUGGGCCUCUGUAUGCCUAUGUAGAUAUUCCAUAAAAAAUCAGCCGUUUCCAGCUACAAUAGCCAUUUACAACAUUAACAAUGUCUACACUGUAUGUCUGAUCAAUUUGAUGUUAUUUUAAUGGACAAAAAAAAAAUGCUUUUCGUAAAAAAAAAAAAAAGACAUUUCUAAGUGACCCCAAACUUUUGAACGGUAGUGUAUACUGAGAUCAUGUGACACUUAGAUUGCACACAAGUGUACUUUAUUUAACUAAUUAUGUGUCUUCUGAAGGUAAUUGGUUGCACCAAAUCUUAUUUAGGGGCUUCAUUGCAAAGGGGGUGAAUACAUAUGCAUGCAUCACUUUUCCGCUAUUUAUUUUAGCGAAUUUUUUGAAACAAGUUAUUUUUUUCAUUUCACUUCACCAAUUUGGACUAUUUUGUAUAAGUCCAUUACAUGAAAUCCAAAUAAAAAUCCAUUUAAAUUACAACAAAAUAGGAAAAACGCUAAGGGGGAUGAAUACUUUUGCAAGUCACUGUAUAUAUGGAGACAGUUUAAUGCCAAAAAUAUUGGGUUAAAUAUAUGUAAAAUAAUUAAUACAAAAUGUUUACUGAUCUUUCUUGUAUCUCUUAAAUAUAGAAGAGACACAUCAGAACAAACUUCCUUUUGAUAUUUUGUUGGGACUAUCCGUUGUUCCAUGUAGUGAAUCUGUUAUUCAAUGCGUUAGUAUGGGCUAAUAGCAGUAAGAUAGAUAAAUGUUCCUCAAAUAAAAAAUUUAUCCUUCAAGGGGUCUUAUAAUUCCAAAUGAAAUAGCUAAAUGAUCCUUGGUAUGACCUUCUUAAAACAAUUCCAUAUAGCUUAGUAGAACCCCCCCCCCCCCCCAGGCUUAGACAGGGCUUAGACUCUGAUGGGUUAAAUACCUGUAAAAGUUCUGCACUGUACCAGUUGUUAUGAUCCAAUUUUGCGGGGACUUUAAAUAUUAAUAACAUGGGCAACACUUUAUUUAAAGCCUGCUGGUCUAAAUGCAUGAAUCUAAGAAGUUCUAAAGCAAUAUACCUACAGGCGGGUAUAAGUGGUGUCACCAUAACAUGCAAAAGAACAUGUUUCCUCAAGCUUAGUUCAUUCAAAACACUACUCCUCCUGGUGUGCUGCCUGUAGGUGUGACCGGUACUUCUACAUCCGCCAUCGUGGCGAGACGCGGGGCAUCGGUGGCAUCUUCUUUGACGACCUGGACUCUCCCAGCCAGGAGGAGGCGUUCAGUUUUGUUAAGAGCUGUGCCCACACCGUGGUGCCCUGUUACCUGCCCAUCGUCCAGAAACACCUCAAUGACCCCUUCAGCCCAGAGGAGAAGGACUGGCAACAGGUGCGGCGAGGCAGGUGGGUACAGAUGAGAGGGCUAUCUGUGUGUGUGCCAUUAAGAAAUACACAUCUUGUGUGUAUUCUCACAAUCAUGCCUGUCUUCUGUCUGUAACUUCGGUGUGUGUGUGUGUGUGUGUGUGUGUGUGCUUCAGGUAUGUGGAGUUUAACCUGGUGUAUGACAGAGGGGUGAAGUUUGGACUGGCCACGCCAGGCUCCAGGAUCGAGAGCAUCCUCAUGUCCCUGCCGCUCACAGCCAAGUGAGUUCUGUGACAUCACACAGUCGUGCUGCUGCUGCUGCUAGCACUGAGUGUAUAGCACUGGUGAUUGGGUACUGGGCUGGUGAGGCCUGUAUGUGUGUUGUUGAACAGACAUGUGAAUAGGGAUCGUAUCAGCUUUGUGAUCAGCCCUCCCUGAUUAAUAGUCACAAGUUCAGAGAGUGAAAUGCUGAUGUCAAAUCAAUUCAACCAAUCCAAUCUACCAAUCAAUCUUCCAAUCAUAUUACCGGUAAAUCUACCGAUCAACCAAUCAAUCAAUUUCUUUAUUGUUACAAUUGGGAAAUGUAUAGUGCAUGGCAGCCAGGGUAAGAAACAACGUUUAAACAAUAAUCAUACAACAGAUUAAUUUGAAAGGAAAUGAGAGCUGGCUUCCCGUUGAGUCAAGGAGACUGUGCUCAGUAUGUCCGUGUGGUGUGUCCUAUAGUAUCAACCAGAGAGGCCUGCGGAGUCGACUCAUUUCAGCUUGGCACAUGGCAUUUCUAUCUGCAAUCACUGAAGUAGACCCAGGUCUCUCAUUCAUGCUGACGCUCUUCUCUCUCCCAAGGUGGGAGUACAUGCAUGAGCCUCCUAAAGGCACCCAGGAAGCCGAUAUGCUGGAGGUGUUACGAAACCCCAAGGAGUGGGUCUGACACGGACGUUACCAUGAUGAUAACAUCCUGACUGAGCCUCCGGAACAGGAGCCUACAUGACUGUUGAUGACUGGAACAGGAGUCCGUCCCUUUCAACUGCAGAUCAUUGCUUUUUCAUUGGCCAACUCAACUGCAAACUUAUCACAGAUACUAUUAGCUAGUUUUCACUGAAAAAAGCACACACGCUCUUAUUGCUUUUGUAAUUUGUUUCUUAUUGCUUGUUUUAAUAUUGUCUGUGUCAGAUAAGCCUUGUUACCACUGCCUGCACUGCUUUAUCAUGGAUGUCUUUAUCAGUCCAUUUCGGAUCUAUUGCUUCAUCUGUUUUUUGUUCGGCCAGGAUGUUUGUCUCUCAGUGCCCUCUGGUUGUGUUCACCAGGCAGUCUAGGCACCAAACAGAUUAGGUACUUGUGAAGGAAAAACACUUCUCAUUUUCUGUUUCAAACCAGUUUCUUCCGUCUGUUGGUGCUGAAUGUGGCCCAGGAUACAAGAGAAAGUGGAAGUGAACCACUCGGGGUGUGUGGGCUACGCCAUUGAUGUAAAACAUCAUUAAAUAUGUUUUUAUAUCCUAACA